AUGAGCGAUGAGAAGGCCAUCUCAAUUGAAUCUGUGAACAGUUCUAGUCCAAGACUUGAAGCUGUCAGUGUUUUGGUUGUUGAUGGUGAUUCUGCAUGUCUUGCAAUACUAUCAAGAAUGCUCUAUAACUUGGGGUAUAAGGUUAUGACAGCCAAAAGAGCCUAUGAUGCACUAUCCAUAGCUCAGAAGAAGGAAGAUGAGCUUCAUCUUGUGCUGACAGAGGCUCACUUGCCUGACAUGGAUAAAUAUGAGCUCUUAGAGAAAAUGAAAGCAGUUUCCAAAGUACCAGUUGUUAUUAUGUCUGAUGAUGACGAUGAGAAUGCUAUGUUGGGUGGGCUGUUUAAAGGAGCUGUAUUUUAUUUUGUUAAACCACUCACAAUCAACAGCCUAAAAAACCUAUGGCAGUUUGCAAUCAUCAAGAACAGAAAUCAUGUGGUGAUAGAUUUCACUGAAGAGGAAAGUAGUGUUUAUGCUGAAUCCCAGCAGGAGAAUACAUCAAAUGAGGGCUUGGAGAGAGACUCAUUCAUGACGAGAGACCGAUGGUUGGAAAGAAAAAACCCUGAAGGGACAUACAAAGACGAGGAAAGAGAGAAUUCUGAUUCAACUUCCCAAAAGAAGCCAAAGCUAGUUUGGACCAAUGAGCUACAUAAGAGAUUCUUGCUAGCAGUCAGAUUGCUAGGAGUUGAUAGUGCUCAUCCAAAGAAAAUACUUCAGCAUAUGAAUGUCCCUGGACUCAGGAAAGAAAAUGUUUCAAGCCAUUUACAGAAAUAUCGCCUCUCGUUGAAGAGGGAACAAGAAGCAAUCAUGAAGGCCAGGGCCAGAGGUCCCAAAAAAUCAAAUUUCCCAUCACACCAAUCUUUAUCAACAUUAAAUUUUCGAGGAGGCUGUUCUCAUACCUUGAACCGGUACUCGACCUCAACAGCAUAUCAACCAAAACGCAGAAGCCAUGUUCAGGACCUCAGUAGUCACAUGUCUAGACCUUCCCCUGCAGGUUCUGUAUGUUUUCCAAGUCAAGUUUACUCAAGUGGGCAUCCAACUCUAGGCAAUGAGUCAAGUUUUACAUCAAUGCCAUACCAUUCAAAUUAUAAAAAUGGGCAACCAACUCUAAACAACCAGCUAGAUUAUACUAAUGAUCAUAAUACUAAUCACAUUGGAAAUAGGAUCACCAGCAACAAGGAAUUGGCUGGCUUUAGACAGGUGGGGAGCUUUGUCAGAUACAGUAAUUUUGAUGGGAACAAGACCUUCUCUACUUUUGGAGAUCAUGGUCAUUCAAAUUUAGUAGAUUUCCCAAUAUUCCUUCAUAAUUCUACACAACAAGAAGAGCAACAGCAGAAGCAACUUCAACCACAGGUUCUGUUUUCUCCACCAUUGCAAAUGCCUUCUCCGCCGCCGCAGCCAAAGGAGCAACAACAAAACGACAUUCUUGGGCAGGAAAGGCAACUUCAACCACAGUUUCUGCCAUCAGCACCAUUGCAAAUGCCUUCACCAUCACCUCUCCCAGCAGCAGCAGAGCAGCAAGGAGAACAAGAUGACAUUUUUGGGCUUGAAAGCCAACUUAUGCAGUCACCACAAUGGCAUAUGCCUUCAAUGCCAGCAGCACCAACAGCACAUGAGCAAGAGAAAGAUGACCCGUUUGGGAUUGAAAGUGAAGAAACUGAUGACUUAUUUGACAUUGCAAAAGGCACCACUCAACAUUUCAAUGAUUAA